GCUUCCGCCGGCGCGGCAGCGGGGACUCCGCAGUGGGUUGCGGGCGAUGGAGCGGUGGGUGCGCCCGCAGCUCCGGCUGUGGCUGCUGUUCCUAUUACUGCCCCCAGUGCCGGGCCGCCAGAAGGAGUCAGGUUCAAAAUGGAAAGUAUUUAUUGACCAAAUUAACAGGUCUUUGGAGAAUUAUGAACCAUGUUCAAGUCAAAAUUGCAGCUGCUACCAUGGGGUCAUAGAAGAGGAUCUGACUCCUUUCCGAGGAGGCAUCUCCAGGAAGAUGAUGGCGGAGGUAGUCAGACGGAAACUAGGGACCCACUAUCAGAUCAUUAAGAACAGAUUAUACCGAGAGAAUGACUGCAUGUUCCCUUCAAGAUGUAGUGGUGUUGAACACUUUAUUUUGGAAGUUAUCGGGCGGCUUCCAGACAUGGAAAUGGUGGUCAAUGUACGAGAUUAUCCUCAGGUUCCUAAGUGGAUGGAGCCGGCCAUUCCAGUCUUCUCCUUCAGUAAGACAUCAGAGUACCAUGAUAUCAUGUAUCCUGCUUGGACAUUUUGGGAAGGGGGACCUGCUGUUUGGCCAAUUUAUCCUACAGGUCUUGGACGGUGGGACCUCUUCAGAGAAGAUCUGAUAAGGUCAGCAGCACAGUGGCCAUGGAAAAAGAAAAAUUCUACAGCAUAUUUCCGAGGAUCAAGGACAAGUCCGGAACGAGAUCCUCUCAUUCUUCUAUCUCGGAAAAAUCCAAAACUUGUUGACGCAGAAUACACCAAAAACCAGGCCUGGAAAUCUAUGAAAGAUACUUUGGGGAAGCCAGCUGCUAAGGAUGUCCAUCUUGUGGAUCACUGCAAAUACAAGUAUCUGUUUAAUUUUCGAGGUGUAGCUGCAAGUUUCCGGUUCAAACACCUCUUCCUGUGUGGUUCACUUGUUUUCCAUGUUGGUGAUGAGUGGCUGGAAUUCUUCUAUCCACAACUGAAGCCGUGGGUUCACUAUAUCCCAGUCAAAACAGAUCUCUCCAAUGUCCAGGAGUUGUUGCAUUUUGUAAAGGCAAAUGAUGAUGUGGCUCAAGAAAUUGCUGAAAGGGGAAGCCAGUUUAUUAUGAACCACUUGCAGAUGGAAGACGUCACCUGUUACUGGGAGAGCCUGUUGACUGAAUACUCUAAAUUCUUAUCCUAUAAUGUAACAAGAAGGAAAAGCUAUGAUCAGAUUAUUCCCAAAAUUUUGAAAACUGAACUCUAGUCAUCAUCGCGGACCACAGUCCUCUUUGGCAGCAGCUCUCAGAUAUCCUGUGGUGAGAGCUUACCAUGAGUGUGGCACGUAUACCUUGAAUACUGUUAUCAAGCCAAAUACCUGGUUUUCCUUAUCAUGCUGCACCCAGAGCAACUCCCGAGAAAGAUCCAAAAUGUGUGUAAUACAGACCUGAAGCAGCUCAACGCUUUGGCUGAAUAAGGACCAGAAAUCAUGAGAUGUGGGUUUUUAACCCAGUUCUACUUUUUAUUUUCUUAAGACCAAUCACAGCUUGUGCCUCAGAUCAUCCAUACAUGUAUAGCCAUCACCGUGAAACUGACUGUGUCUGUGGGAUGAUACUUUGUCCCAUUAUUUGGAGCAGAA